AACUUUUUUAACAUGCCAUUGAGUUCGGGCAUUUAGUACUUUAAGUUUGAUAUGCUAGUUUAUAUGGCGUUUACCUAAGUCAGCUGUUUAUUUAGUUGGCAGUGAUAUUUCCCUGGUUGCCUUAAAAUGAUAUCCUUUCAAAGUUUGGGAUUCUACGAAGACAAAUAACGUGUUGGAAACUGUUUUUCGAGUGAUUCACUAAUAGUUUAUAUAUCAUCAGUCUCAACAUCCAAUAUAUAUAUAUACAUAUGAACAACCAAGAGUUUACAUCAUGUCUUAUGAGUCAUCACUGAGCGAAAUAUGUCCCCCUAAUAGUGACAGUUUUACCUGGAAGGUGCUGAAAUACUGGAAGGAUUUUAGAUCUGCAUGCAAAACAUUUUGCAACAUAUCUAACGAUGAAGAUCAUUUAGACACUGUAACGAAAUUUACUGAAGAUGAAUUUUCCGAGCUAAUCAGCGUGAUACUUGACCGUUUUAUGACGUCAUCUAAGACUACGCUCGUAAAUUCUGACGGGAUAAUAUCUUACUAUUUUUUCAAAGCAUUACUCAAUCCGCAUAAAUGUAUCGAAAGUGAAUCCGAAAAGGAUAUAAUAACUGAUGAGCAAAACAGUUUGGCACAAAACGCUCUUAAGAUGUUUUUUUCUCAAUUCUUUUUUAAGAUUGGUCGCGUCCUGAAUACAGCUUUAGAGGAUUCUGAAACUGCCAAGGCAUUUCCAAUAUGCAUUUGCAUUGAAUUUAUAUCAGAUAUACUAAAGGACAACUCAUCAACUGUGCUACUACUUUAUCAUCUUAGUGAAUUAUGGAACAAAUUAGGAAGCAUAAUUAAGGAACUCGUUGAGCAUAUCAUAGUCGACCAAAAUGGUAAAGCUAAUAAUGAUCAAGAAGUUUUUCUUUUUGAAGUUUUUCGUCUUUGGAGAUCCGCUCUAAAAGCAUGCACGACAGUUGAUGAUAAAAAGAUGGAUAAUACACGUGAUUGUGCAUUUACUAUUUUAGUUGAUGUUCUACAUGUCUGCUUAAUUGAAUACUUCACAAAAUAUUCAAAAUUCCUCGUGGAUGUUUCUUCAUCGAUUUGGCCAGUCUUUUUCAUACGCAGUUUGCGCACGCUGUAUAAACUUGUGUAUAAAUCCGAUCAUUUAUGGGUCAAUAAUCUACAUCCUAUAGUGAACAAACUUAUAUACGAAUUACUGUGUUCAUACUCCCGUUCACAAAGGUCUAAAAGAGAAAUCUCUGAUUCCAACGCUUUUUGUGAUUGUCUGCUUACUCAUAUCGUGCGUACUAUAAAAGCUCAAAAAAUUAAAUCUGAUGAAGUAUCUUUGCUUGAACUAGAUACUUGUUUAUCUCUGCGCAUUAUUAUUCUGUGUGGUCUCGAAAGUGCUUUAAAAUUAGAUCCUAAUGAUCUACAACUUUGGUCAAUAUUAAGCUCUAUUCAUGAACUAUUAAUGGAUAUUGAGUUGGGUGAAUCAAAUAUGGUACAUAGCUAUGAAAAUUCAAUAAUUAUCUUAUUUUCCGAGGAUGAUGCACAACUUUUCCGAGUAUUGGACCUAUGGAUACAGAUUGAGGACCAUAUCAAAUCUACAGAGUAAGAUUAUUGUUUUUUGAUUCCCCAGGUUUUCUUUUAUCAAAUUACAUUUGAUGCGUAUAUGACAUGACCACAGAAUGGACUGUCGUAGUGGUGUAACUGUAACUAAAAACUAAUUCGUGAUAUUAUCGACACAUCUUUUUCAGGAACUACAUUUAAUCGCCCUGGACCGUAGCUCAGUAGUUUGUACACUCAACUGACUGGCACCGGAUAACGGAUUAGAACCCAUGUUCGUGUACUCGUGUUGUAUCAUUUCCACAUAUAUGGCUCUCAGCAUAUUGUAUGGAACUUCACUAGGUUCGUCCCUAGUUACCCUUUACUCAACUAUACAGCAUAGUAACGUAUAGUUGACGGAAUUGCUUAAGUCUGUCGUCUAUGUAAAUGGCUCCACAUGAACAGUUAAACGAAUAAAUGCAACCAGAUAUAACGAAUUCAGAAGGUUUGUCUUUGUUCCAGGACCAUUUUAAAAUACAAUAUUUUACUUGGCUGCAGUUAAUGACUUAUUUAAUGUCUGUAUUAACGGUUGUGCUAUCAUGUCACAAGCAGCAUCUUUUUUGAACUGUGGUUUCAAAAUUAAUGACUUUUUUGGGACAGCAAUUGUAGUCGGCCUUACUUGUAUCUAGUUAAUGUGUUUGUCGAUGAAUUUGGUAGAAUAUCUAUUACUGCUAAGUAGGUUACGGAUACUUCUUAAUUCUUUUUCACUGGUGUCAGAGCAAACCAAUUUAGUACAAUGAGUCAAGAUAUUCAUUAAGUUUCAUUUGUACUUAAGUGAUGCAGAACUGUAGAAAUGGGUAUAUUGUUCACUUGACCUAUUUAUAAUGUUCUAUCGAAUCUUCUUGUCGAUAGGAUUUAAAAAAGUGAGAUUCUAUUAUUUGGCUCUUCGCCUAAAAAGAACUUAAUUUGUGGAAAAAUAUUGUCAACCAUGUUAAGCUAAUUACCCUUUUCGACUUCGUUUUUUACCAAUAUAAAAGCAUCAUCAAUAUAGAAACAGUAAAGCGUUAGCAGUUUAGUCACGUCCAUAAGGAGUUCAUUCUACAAUUUUGCAAGGACCACUCCUCAUAUUUGUACUAUCUGAUUGUCUAUAAUAUUCGCCGUUGUAUUGGAAAUGAGUGUUCAUUGUAUACCGAAGAAUUAACUGUUUUAUUAUGCAGUUAAUCAUCUGACAUUAUUGCCAGAAUGUAUGAUUGUUGAACGAAUGAUGGAUAACUAAUCUAAACUAAAUAUUUAUUCUUUCUAUUUAUUCUUUCCCUUUUCCUCACUUUAUGCUCGCUGUUAUAUUCUAUCUACAAUAUUUAGCCUUUUAAAUUUUCUCUUAACAACUACGAUCUUGAAGUUCUGUUGAAAAGAGUUUAGUAGUUUUAAUUACCGUUAGGUAUGAAGGAGAGUUAAUAAGUUCAACAUAUUGUUUGUGCAAAUUUUUGUGAUAACUCAGGCUGACCAGAUAAUCUAGUCUGAAUAAAAUCAUAUAUUGGUGAGUGGAAGAAAAUAUCUAAAUUGUUUUAUAAUAUUUACUGAUCGUAUAUCAAAACAUAUCGUGUUGUUUGUUUCGUUUUUGACUGAUAUGUUUAUAAUAUAGUAAUCAAUAAGUUUUGUAAGAAAUGUGAUCGUUGUUACAUAAUGUAUAAAUAGAGUAGUCAGGAGGUAAAUGUGUUUACUUUAGAUAUUCAUUGCACUGAAAUUACUUAUUCAUCGAGAAUGCACAGAUAAAACUUCACAAUAUUAUUUUGCUUGUCUCCAUGGUUAUAUCAGCAAACGACUCUCCAUGCUGUUCCCAAUGCCCAUUGGUUGUUCGCUUGUUUGGCGAAAUCUGUCGGCUUUUCGUCUUAUUUAUUCAUUGACUGGCUGGUAUCUCCUGAAACUACCUGUUUAUCUUACUUAGUUCACUACUUGAGAAGAUUGAGCACUGAUGAUGAGCUUAUUUGCAAUCCAAAUCAGUUCGUUAGAAGUGCAGUAAUAAUACAUUCUUGGCCAUUACAAUCGCUUAUAAACAUGUUAAGUCAAAUUUCGAAAAGUCUCAAAACCUUGAAUCAAUACAAAGGCAUCGCAUUUUGCCCUACACCGCUUAUCAAUCGCAUUAAUCGUUCUUUGUCUGUUUUGAAUAACUUAUGCCGUGUUAUGACACAAUGUUAACUUACCACAAAUAUUACGCAUAAAUCUUGUGCGUAAAGCCUUCUAAUGACUUAUUACUACCCUUUCAUUUGGUUCCGUAGCCUGAUGAAUUCAGUCAGGGUGUUUCGAUUGAGAUAUUCGGGCCCCAAAUAAUAUCCUA